CACUACAGUUAACAUGGUUAUACUUAUUUUUAUAUUUAUUGUGUUUAUUUAGGAGCUCAUACUCUGUAACUACAAAGAACUAAAUGUUACUACACAUGCUCAUGUCAAUGUAUCGUCGAUAUGACAGGUUUCCUAACCCUGAAUACUGUGCAACUUAAACGAUUAAUAUCUCGCUUUACCGUGUAGAGCGACGAUUUUGGCUUUCAGAUUCGGUUUCUACGCGUCAUAAUACACUAUCUUAUCAAAUUUUAACAAAAUCGAUGAGCAAGGAUAUGCAGCCUGCAUUUUGAUGAUGACUGCUUCACGAUACAACAAACAUCCACGAAAGAAGCUAAACUAGUUCAGCGAUUAAAAGUAGGCUCAAUUCCAAAAAAAAUGCUAGUUUUGGAAAAAAAAAGAAAAAAAAAUGUGUCAGGCAGCAAUACAAAUAUUGGUAACAAGAUAAUUAAAGUGCGGGGAAGGACCGGCAUACCUACAUACAGCGAUCUCUUACAAUGUAAUAAAAUAGAAGAUGCGGAAGUUUAUCUAAUAAAUAAAAUAAAAAUGAAAGGGGCUCCUGAAAUAAAUGAAAGAGAAAAAAAAGGAGAAAGAAAAAAGGAUGAAACUUAUGAGAUACAUGAAACAGAUAAAAAAGAAGAUCACAAUUAUUCUAUGAAACUAAAUAUAAACCAACAAAUUGGUAAUGACAAAAAUAAUACAUCGAAAAUGUUAUUGGAAUUACUAAUACGUUCUGAGGAAAAAAAUAAGAAACUUCUUCAGACAAAUAAGGAUUUAAUAGGAAUAAAUAAGCUGCUAAAUAUACAAAUAAAAGAGCUGCAAAUGAAUGCAAGGAACAAUUCAGUUAUUACCCAAAAAAGGAUAUACAAAAGAAAGCCAAAAGCAUUGUCAUCAAUGCUUUAUGGAAAAUUUUUACACCAGAGCAAAUAAGAAAUUUAGUGUCACCACAUAAUAUCCAUAUUCAAUGGUCAUCGGAAGAUAUAAUAUCUGCUAUUGCUUUGCAUUAAGUCCGAAAACAUAUUUAUAUUUUAAGACUGUAAAAAAAUUUCCAUUACCUUUUACGACAACAUUACAUGAAUGGAUUGCAUUUUUUAAUGUGACACUUGGCCACAUUACUUGAUGUCAUGAAAAAAUCAUGAUUGACAAUGAAAAUAAUUUAUCUACUAUAGAGAAAUUAACAGACUUUACUUUUAAUGAAAUGUAUAUAUCAAAUAAAUUAGAUUUAGGAAAAAGAGAAAAAAUUUAUGAACCAUGCAAAACAUGUCAAUUUAGUCGGCUUAAGGAUUAUUCAAACCCCAAAGCGCAUACAUGACAUUUGCAUUGCGAUCAUAGCACAUUUCCCCUACUCUUUUCUAUAGAGUCAAUAAUCGUCUCUCUUAUCCUUCAAUGUUUGGUUCGUUUUCAUUUAGGUUCUCAUCUUUUCAUGCAGCAAAUUUUUCGCUGCGAAUGAUUUGUAACGAAUAAUUCGCCGCGAAAUAGCGAAUAAUUCGCCGCGAAAUAGCAAAUAAUUCGCCGUGAAUAGCUUAUGAGCGUCAUAUGUUGCGUGUUAACAACAUGGAGGAAAAUUCAAUUAUUUAUUUGAUUACUUGGUAUAACCAAAUAUUAUUAAAUUAUAUGCAAAUAAUAAAUUAUUAUGAAAAUAUCCGAAAAA